AUGACAAGAUCACAAGAGUGGGCACAGGCCCAAGAGUGGGCACAGGCCCAAGAGUGGGCACAGGCCCAAGAGUGGGCACAGGCCCAAGAGUGGGCACAGGCCCAAGAGUGGGCACAGGCCCAAGAGUGGGCACAGGCCCAAGAGUGGGCACAGGCCCAAGAGUGGGCACAGGCCCAAGAGUGGGCACAGGCCCAAGAGUGGGCACAGGCCCAAGAGUGGGCACAGGCCCAAGAGUGGGCACAGGCCCAAGAGUGGGCACAGGCCCAAGAGUGGGCACAGGCCCAAGAGUGGGCACAGGCCCAAGAGUGGGCACAGGCCCAAGAGUGGGCACAGGCCCAAGAGUGGGCACAGGCCCAAGAGUGGGCACAGGCCCAAGAGUGGGCACAGGCCCAAGAGUGGGCACAGGCCCAAGAGUGGGCACAGGCCCAAGAGUGGGCACAGGCCCAAGAGUGGGCACAGGCCCAAGAGUGGGCACAGGCCCAAGAGUGGGCACAGGCCCAAGAGUGGGCACAGGCCCAAGAGUGGGCACAGGCCCAAGAGUGGGCACAGGCCCAAGAGUGGGCACAGGCCCAAGAGUGGGCACAGGCCCAAGAGUGGGCACAGGCCCAAGAGUGGGCACAGGCCCAAGAGUGGGCACAGGCCCAAGAGUGGGCACAGGCCCAAGAGUGGGCACAGGCCCAAGAGUGGGCACAGGCCCAAGAGUGGGCACAGGCGCAAGAGUGGGCACAGGCGCAAGAGUGGGCACAGGCGCAAGAGUGGGCACAGGCGCAAGAGUGGGCACAGGCGCAAGAGUGGGCACAGGCGCAAGAGUGGGCACAGGCGCAAGAGUGGGCACAGGCGCAAGAGUGGGCACAGGCGCAAGAGUGGGCACAGGCGCAAGAGUGGGCACAGGCGCAAGAGUGGGCACAGGCGCAAGAGUGGGCACAGGCGCAAGAGUGGGCACAGGCGCAAGAGUGGGCACAGGCGCAAGAGUGGGCACAGGCGCAAGAGUGGGCACAGGCGCAAGAGUGGGCACAGGCGCAAGAGUGGGCACAGGCGCAAGAGUGGGCACAGGCGCAAGAGUGGGCACAGGCGCAAGAGUGGGCACAGGCGCAAGAGUGGGCACAGGCGCAAGAGUGGGCACAGGCGCAAGAGUGGGCACAGGCGCAAGAGUGGGCACAGGCGCAAGAGUGGGCACAGGCGCAAGAGUGGGCACAGGCGCAAGAGUGGGCACAGGCGCAAGAGUGGGCACAGGCGCAAGAGUGGGCACAGGCGCAAGAGUGGGCACAGGCGCAAGAGUGGGCACAGGCGCAAGAGUGGGCACAGGCGCAAGAGUGGGCACAGGCGCAAGAGUGGGCACAGGCGCAAGAGUGGGCACAGGCGCAAGAGUGGGCACAGGCGCAAGAGUGGGCACAGGCGCAAGAGUGGGCACAGGCGCAAGAGUGGGCACAGGCGCAAGAGUGGGCACAGGCGCAAGAGUGGGCACAGGCGCAAGAGUGGGCACAGGCGCAAGAGUGGGCACAGGCGCAAGAGUGGGCACAGGCGCAAGAGUGGGCACAGGCGCAAGAGUGGGCACAGGCGCAAGAGUGGGCACAGGCGCAAGAGUGGGCACAGGCGCAAGAGUGGGCACAGGCGCAAGAGUGGGCACAGGCGCAAGAGUGGGCACAGGCGCAAGAGUGGGCACAGGCGCAAGAGUGGGCACAGGCGCAACAGUGGGCACAGGCGCAACAGUGGGCACAGGCGCAAGAGUGGGCACAGGCGCAAGAGUGGGCACAGGCGCAACAGUGGGCACAGGCGCAACAGUGGGCACAGGCGCAACAGUGGGCACAGGCGCAAGAGUGGGCACAGGCGCAAGAGUGGGCACAGGCGCAAGAGUGGGCACAGGCGCAACAGUGGGCACAGGCGCAACAGUGGGCACAGGCGCAAGAGUGGGCACAGGCGCAAGAGUGGGCACAGGCGCAAGAGUGGGCACAGGCGCAAGAGUGGGCACAGGCGCAAGAGUGGGCACAGGCGCAAGAGUGGGCACAGGCGCAAGAGUGGGCACAGGCGCAAGAGUGGGCACAGGCGCAAGAGUGGGCACAGGCGCAAGAGUGGGCACAGGCGCAAGAGUGGGCACAGGCGCAAGAGUGGGCACAGGCGCAAGAGUGGGCACAGGCGCAAGAGUGGGCACAGGCGCAAGAGUGGGCACAGGCCCAAGAGUGGGCACAGGCCCAAGAGUGGGCACAGGCCCAAGAGUGGGCACAGGCCCAAGAGUGGGCACAGGCCCAAGAGUGGGCACAGGCCCAAGAGUGGGCACAGGCCCAAGAGUGGGCACAGGCCCAAGAGUGGGCACAGGCCCAAGAGUGGGCACAGGCCCAAGAGUGGGCACAGGCCCAAGAGUGGGCACAGGCCCAAGAGUGGGCACAGGCCCAAGAGUGGGCACAGGCCCAAGAGUGGGCACAGGCCCAAGAGUGGGCACAGGCCCAAGAGUGGGCACAGGCCCAAGAGUGGGCACAGGCCCAAGAGUGGGCACAGGCCCAAGAGUGGGCACAGGCCCAAGAGUGGGCACAGGCCCAAGAGUGGGCACAGGCCCAAGAGUGGGCACAGGCCCAAGAGUGGGCACAGGCCCAAGAGUGGGCACAGGCCCAAGAGUGGGCACAGGCCCAAGAGUGGGCACAGGCCCAAGAGUGGGCACAGGCCCAAGAGUGGGCACAGGCCCAAGAGUGGGCACAGGCCCAAGAGUGGGCACAGGCCCAAGAGUGGGCACAGGCCCAAGAGUGGGCACAGGCCCAAGAGUGGGCACAGGCCCAAGAGUGGGCACAGGCGCAAGAGUGGGCACAGGCGCAAGAGUGGGCACAGGCGCAAGAGUGGGCACAGGCGCAAGAGUGGGCACAGGCGCAAGAGUGGGCACAGGCGCAAGAGUGGGCACAGGCGCAAGAGUGGGCACAGGCGCAAGAGUGGGCACAGGCGCAAGAGUGGGCACAGGCGCAAGAGUGGGCACAGGCGCAAGAGUGGGCACAGGCGCAAGAGUGGGCACAGGCGCAAGAGUGGGCACAGGCGCAAGAGUGGGCACAGGCGCAAGAGUGGGCACAGGCGCAAGAGUGGGCACAGGCGCAAGAGUGGGCACAGGCGCAAGAGUGGGCACAGGCGCAAGAGUGGGCACAGGCGCAAGAGUGGGCACAGGCGCAAGAGUGGGCACAGGCGCAAGAGUGGGCACAGGCGCAAGAGUGGGCACAGGCGCAAGAGUGGGCACAGGCGCAAGAGUGGGCACAGGCGCAAGAGUGGGCACAGGCGCAAGAGUGGGCACAGGCGCAAGAGUGGGCACAGGCGCAAGAGUGGGCACAGGCGCAAGAGUGGGCACAGGCGCAAGAGUGGGCACAGGCGCAAGAGUGGGCAAUGGCGCAAGAGUGGGCAAUGGCGCAAGAGUGGGCAAUGGCACAAGAGUGGGCAAAUACGCAAAUGUGA